AUCGGACCGUUCCGGCUUGCGCUCGUGCCACGUGCUUCCUGACUCAAUCCAUUGAGCUCACCCCCUCACGAGGCCUCUCUUCUGAACUCUUCUGUAACCUCGGAGAAUGCUCGGAACAUCACCCCAGAGUCAUACAGAAGCCCUCGAGGCUACAUAAACCGCCUCUCGUCCAGGACGUGUGGAGAGCAAAACGAUGCGAGCCCAUCUCAGUGCCGCCGCGCUCGCUCUGCUGUUCGCCCGCCUCGCGAUGGCCGGCCCCAAAAACGUGACGAUCUCUAACACGGAUCCGCUUGUCUACUUCCACGGCCGGUGGGACACGUCGCCCGGGACCUGGUGGGCGGGCUCCGGCUUCAAGCUGCACGUCGCCAACCUCCAAUCGCUCGCGCUUAGUCUCGGGCCGCACACGACGCAGCCGAACGCGGCUGUCGGCGUGUCGGUCGACUACGGCGCGUUCAUUACGGCGAACGUGUCCGCGGGCGUCAACCAGAUCCCGUUGCCGCCGUCCGCUCUGGGCAAGAAGAAGUCGGAGGCGACGGUCGUCAGGGUCAAUGUCGAGGGCUGGCAGGCGAAUAGGAUUAAUCUCGAGGAGAUCAUCUUGAACGAAGUGCGGAGCGUCCUUGGUCCCGUACACACCCUCGAGAACCGUGUUCCAGUUCAUCGGAGACUCUCUGUCCGCCGUAAACCUUUCGCGUCGCCCCCACCCCCAGCCCGUGCUCAUGCUGCGCAGGGACAAUUCCUUCCGAAGGGUGUCGAUCAGGCCUGGCCGUUCCUCGUGGGGGAGCAGUACAAGGCCGAGCACGUUGUCGUAGCACAGCCGGGUGCUGCAUUGACCGACAUCUUCUCGUACGGGAACGCGCACGGCCUCUCAUUCCAGUUCUUCCGUACCGAGGACACGGGGUAUUACUACACCACGGACCACAAUUACACGACGCCGUGGGACUUUUCCAAAGACACCCCGGCCACGCACCUCGUGAUCCACAUCGGUGCCAACGAUUCCGGUCAGAAUGUCCCUGCAGAUCAGUUCGUCCAGGUCUACACCGAUUUCCUGGCCCGUCUCCGAUCCAUGCGCGAGUACGCACAUGUUCCCAUCUUCGUACUCUCGCCCUGGGGCUGGCCAAGCGCCGACGCGCCGACCUUCUACUACUACCCCGGAGAAUACGAGAAGAUCCGAUGCAGAACGGAGCACGACGACAAGAACAUCUUCCUCGUCAACACCACCGGCUGGGUCACCUUCGCAGAUGUCUUCCCAGACAACCAACACCCGACUGUCGCGGGGCAUGCAAAGAUCGCCGGCGAGUUCCAGACGUGGUUGGAGAAUUGGGGCCUGCAUCCCCAUUCGGAAUGGCGCUCGUAGGGGCGGAGCACAGGAAUACGCGGAUUGUCGGGUACUUGUAUACUUUAUAGUGAACUCAAAAUGCCCUGUCUGUAAUGAAGGCGGACACUCUCUCACUGUCUGGCGAAUGACGUGGAACAUUGCGGAUGGAGAGUCGAGAUGAGAAGAUUGUUCAAUUCCUUUUCUGUGCUAAGAUAGGACUCGGCGGUUGAUCAGCAUCUCCUCCUGAGAUCUACCAUCCCACCGGCGAUUGGCG